GGGCGCCCGUGCGGAGGGGGCGGGGCCCGCCCUGACCACGCCCCCUUUCGGGGCGGAGCCAAUAGGAGCCCGGCCCCUGGGGGCCCCGCCGGCCGCAGGGUCAGCCACUCGCUCCACCAUGAGCCCCGCGGGCCGCCGCGAGGACCCCCGGGAGCUUCUCCUCCUGCUCGCCGGCCUGUGCCUCGUGACGCCGCUCGGCCCCUCGGAGGCCGCCGCCCCCCGCCCCCGGCACGACUACUGCGUCCUGGGCGCCGGCCCGGCCGGCUUACAGAUAGCCUACUUCCUGGAGCGGGCCGGGAGGGACUACGUGGUGUUCGAGCGCGCCGGGGCUCCCGGCAGCUUCUUCGCCCUCUACCCGCGGCACCGGAGGCUCAUCAGCAUCAACAAGCGGCACACGGGCAACCAAAACGGCGAGUUCAACCUCCGCCACGACUGGAACUCCUUGCUCAGCCACGACGGCCGACUGCUCUUCCGGCACUACUCCCGAGACUACUUCCCCGACGCCGGCGACAUGGUGCGCUACCUGGGAGACUUCGCGGGGCGGCUGGGCCUCCGGGUGAUCUACAACACCGCCAUCGCCCACGUUGCCCUGGAGAAGGCCGAGCGGGCCUGGAAUGGCCACGUCUUCGUCUUGACUGACCAGAAGGGCCGGGGAUACCAGUGCAGCGUGCUCCUGGUGGCCACCGGGGUGUCGGUCCCCAACAAGAUCGACUUCCCCGGCUCCGAACACGUCGAAGGCUACGAGACGGUGUCCGUGGACCCAGAGGACUUUGCGGGCCAGAGCGUCCUCAUCCUGGGGCGGGGGAACUCGGCCUUUGAGACGGCGGAGAACAUUCUGGGGGCCACCAACUUCAUCCACAUGGUGAGCCGUUCUCGGGUCCGCCUCUCCUGGGCCACCCACUACGUCGGAGACCUGAGGGCGGUCAACAAUGGCCUGCUGGACACCUACCAGCUGAAAUCGCUGGACGGGCUCCUGGAGGCCGACCUGGAGGACCUGGCCAUCGUCAGGGACCGGAAGGGGAAGCUGCGGGUCACGCUCCAGCUCUUCCUGGAAAAGGCCAAUCUGAGCGACCCCGCCCAGGCCGUCCCCCUCCCGCAGGACGAGGUGGACAACUUCGCCAUCCGGGUCCCCUACGACCGGGUCAUCCGCUGUUUGGGCUGGAACUUUGACUUCUCCGUCUUCAGCAGGUCCCUCAGACUAACCCCGGGUACGGGGCACAGGAAGAAGUACCCAGUGAUCAAAGCAAGCUACGAGUCCAGGGGAACCCGGGGGCUCUUCGUCUUGGGCGCUGCCAGCCACUCCGUGGACUUCCGGAAGUCCGCCGGCGGCUUCAUCCAUGGAUUCCGCUACACAGCCCGGGCCGUCCACCGCCUGCUAGAGUACCGCCAUCACGGAGUCCUCUGGCCCGCCCCGGGGUACCCCAUCACCCAGCUGACCAACUCCAUCAUCCGGCGGGUGAAUGAGGCCUCGGGCCUCUACCAGAUGUUCGGGGUGCUGGCGGACGUCGUUCUACUGAAGGAGAACGCCACCGGGUUCGAGUACCUGGAAGAGUUCCCCGUGGGAAUGCUGGCCGAGCUGGAAGCGCACACCGGGAGGGAGGCGCGGCACGGGCUCUUCGUCGUCGCCAUGGAGUACGGCAGGAACUUCUCCGGGCCCGACAAGGACGUCUUCUAUUACAACCGGGCAGUGGGGGAUGUGGAGGACGCCUGGCAGUCCAACUUCCUGCACCCCGUCAUCUACUACUACCAGCGCCUCCCCACCGAGAAGGAGAUGAGGCUGCGUCCCCGGGACUGGCCUCUCCCGCGCCCGGCGGCCAUCCAUCACAUCGUGGAGGAUUUCCUCACCGACUGGACCGCCCCGAACGCUCACAUCCUCCCCCUCAGGCGCUUCCUGGAGAACUGCUUGGACACGGACUUGCGCAGUUUUUACGCAGAAUCCUGCUUCCUGUUCACCCUGACGCGGCGGAAGCUGCCGCCCUUCUGCCAGCGGGGUUACCUGCGGAUGCAGGGGCUCGUCGGUAACGAGAGGCUGCGGCACCACGCGGUGGAGAGCGGGCUGCUGCCGGACUACGCCGUCCCAGACCGGCCGCCAGCCGACGGGGGCCGGUGGUUCCCCAAGACCCCGACCCCCCCGCCGCCCUCCCUCGCCAGCCCGAAGGAGGAGCUCUGAAUAACGGGUCUCGAAGACCGACCGCCCGUCACCCUUUCCCAGCUCCCCCAGCCGGACUCCUCUGCCUUCCUCCCGACCCCCGGGGCCCCGGCCUCUUCCCCCCCUGACGCUGUUACUGCCGGAGACCCGGUGGGGCCAGUUGACGGCGACCGGACCAAAGCGCUCGGGCGGACCAGCAGAAGUUUACGUUCGGUGAGACCCAGGGCAUCUCCCGGGGGCCGGGAGAGGAUCCUGAAGAUCGCUUCCACGGGGGCUGGGACAGCCCUUCCCAGACCGGACCUCUCCCCGGGCGAAUCUUCACAAAACCACAAGUCGGCCUAAUUCCCUCUUGGCCUCUCGCCCCCGGGAGCCGUGGUUUUUCGAAGACCACGUUCUCACCGAAGGGGCCGGGGACUCUCCUUUCACGGAAGCCGAACUCCCCCAGUCGCCGUCGCUAAUUCGGCCGCCGACCGCUGCCAGUCGGUGGCCUCGGCUGACGGAACCCGGAGUCGGAAAGACCGAACCGGUUAUCCGCUUACUUUGCGCGGGCGUCGGAGUGGUAUGGUUCCUCGAGGGGUACUUUCUGUUCUCGCCUCUUCUCCGAUCUUGUUUAUCGAUCAAUCGAUCGGUCAGUCGUAUUUAUCGAGCGUUUACUACGGUGAACGUUUGGGAGAGUGCAAUGUUGG